CCGUAGUAGAUUUAGAGAGUAAUACAUUUGAAGCUCGUAAUUCACGAGCCUCUUCGUAGACCUCGUUGUGAUACCUAGCGCAACACCAUUUGUUACCUUCCCAAGUUCGCCAAGGAAAAUAACGCUAACCCCUCGCCCCUCAAGUCGAUAGUAUAAGGUCUCAAUCACAUUGAACUAUUUACACACCCCUCAAGCUCGGGGCUUCGAAUUAUCAUGAGAUAAGAUGGACACCGACCCGCGAUCACCAGUUUGCCUAGCGCCUCACUUUGCAUUUCUCCCCAUAGACAGCAACAAAGGCGAAAUCCGGCUUCUCAAGAUUGAGCUCGGGCGAUAUGGCGAAGUCAUCAAGUGUUCGUACCGUCUUACCACCGUCACCGGAGACGUACAAUAUGAAACUCUCUCAUACGUCUGGGGUGAUCUACAAGUGGAUAAAACCAUCAUAGUCGAAGACACAGAAGUCGGAUUGACAGAUAAUCUCUUCAACGCCCUGACGCGCAUCAGACACGAGACGGAACUGCGCCAUCUGUGGGUUGACGCGCUCUGCAUCAACCAGGAGGAUGGCGCAGAGAAGACGGCGCAGGUAGACAUGAUGCACAAGAUCUUCUCCGAGUGCGCGCAAUGCUACAUGUGGAUGGGCAACAUCGAGGCCUCCGCCAUAGGUGUGAAGGAGUCGGAAGCUCUCGAGGCGGCAAAAGGAGCCCUAGACGCAAUCCGACUUCUCUCCGGAGAAGAUUCAGAGUAUAAACUCCCCCCGUCCCUCACCACAAGAGACCAACGAGCGAAAGCAGGCAACGCUAUCAAGGCACUAUUCCAAUCGCCAUGGUGGAGUCGGAUAUGGACAGUCCAAGAAGCGACCUCGCCAAGACUCGGCACCGUGCUCUGGGGCCCCAUCUCCAUCCCCUGGCACUACCUGACGCAGGUCGCAGAGAGGUUGAUCCAAGGGAAAUGGCCGCCGGAAGACCGCUUCUCCAUCUUCGACUUGUUCGAAAACUACAAUUUCCUCACAUCGCCCAUGCUAGCUCUGAUAUGGGCGUCCCGCUGGAUCGAGGCGCCGCACCCGCCGUACGAGAUGCUCUACCGCUUCCGGUACCGCCGGUCCACGGACCCGCGGGACAAAGUCUACGUGAUACUGAACCUGGUCGCAGAGGGGAGUUAUCCUCUCCCGAGCGUGCGCUCGAGCGACUACGGCGUUCCCGCGGCGGUGUUAUACCGUAGAGUCAUGCUCGACCUGCUGCGCGACGAAUAUGGCCUCCGGCCGUUAAUCGGGUUCCGGGGCGAGCCGAAGAGCGUCCCGGGUCUGCCGAGCUGGGUAGUCGAUUGGUCGACGCCGCCUGCGGGACAAGAGAGGGCCGCGUUCUGGGAACAUAUCAAGUUCUGGUAUAAAUAUACCGCGGACAGGGGGCUGCCGAUGCUCGACUUGAAUAAUCUGACAUCGCCCGAACACGGCGAGGACGUGCUGAAUGUGAACGGCGUGUUCUUUGAUAAGAUCCUAGUCUGCAGCGACGUGAUAGCCGAAAACGACGGAAGUGAUCGAUUACAUGAAAAAGCGCGCGAGACGAUAACGAGGGCAGUAGCGGAAGACCCCCGUUUCCGAAUCGUAUCGGAAGUCUACUGGCAGGCGGUCUUGGACGACAUUAUAACAGGGAAUUGUGCGGAUUCCACGGAGAGCAUGGAGGGAUCCACGGCGGACGUGUACUGGCGUCUACAGAUGCUUCGACAUCAGCGGCUGUUCAUCACGGAAGGCGGUGCGGCGGGCUUAGGUCCGUCUGGAACGUCUGUUGGAGACGAGAUCUGGGUGUUGUCGGGCGGUCGAUCUCCGUUUCUGCUUGGACCGCUAAAGGCAAGUGAUCCUGUUGUUAAGCACGAGGAUUCAUCGUAUCACUAUUCGUUUAGAGGGGAUGUAUUCAUUCCUGGAAUCAUGCGUGGCGAAGCGGUUGAUAGUAGAAAAGAUACCCAACGAUACGUGCAUAUUCAUUAAAUAAAUUCAGAUUGUCCACAUCAUAGAAAGAUAUUAUUUGAAUGCUGUCGCAUAUAAUAUCGAGCCUUGAGGUAUACACGCGGAAGUAUGUGAAUGUUCAUAGCCGGAGACCAGUAACUGAAUAGGGGAGGGGUAUUAUGACGCUUAUCUGUCGUGCUUGAAUCAGAUCUUCAAACUCAAGGGGAACCCGCGACGAACUGUUGACAGCUUCUCAAGCGCUAUAACCAAUUCGUCUUUUUCAAUUGCACUGGUGUCCUGGAAUGGAGAGUAAUCCGGCUCACAGACCGUCCCAGGUUCGGGGAGUGUGCCGUUCUGGAAAUAGCCACGAAUGUAAUUGGCGGUACAUGUCGACGAUGCGGCCAGAGUAGAAUG